AUGUUUCCUUUGGUUCUCCUUGCCGUUGCUGUGAUUGCUGUUACGACCGUAUCAUCUGACUUGAACUUCGCUGCUCCCAUUGAGAAAAAAUCAGUAACUGAGGGAGAUGAGGUGUCUCUGGUCUGCCAAGAAGCAACCCGCUUCGAUAAAGAGCCAGACUGCCCGUCAUUCAACGUUAAUUUUUUGUAUUGGAAAAGAAUUGGUAAUAAUAUUGUGGAAUACCUGACACAAUGUGGACGGGUCGAAAAUCAGUUCAAGGAUCGCAUGACUGCAUCAAAGGAUGAUGGAUUGUACACUCUCACUAUUCAAAAAGUUCGCCGCGAAGAUGCGGGCGUUUACGAAUGUCUCCUUCACGAGCGUAUUAAUUCUAUUGAUAAAGUGAAGGGAGCCGUUGCUUUGACAGUCAAUGCCCAACCAAGUGGGAAUUCCACGGCCCAACCAAACUGUGAAGUUCAUCCCGAAGUGCCCAGUGUCGGUACGAUCGCCAAGUUGGCGUGCAGACUCCCACCGCAUGCUGCGCCUACCCAGCUGACCUGGCUCGAGUCCGGCUCUCAUCCACUGGUCUCUCCAGGACCCACGACGCUGACCAGUCCCGGAGAAGGGUUCAUCCUGCAUCUUUACAUCACCGAGCAUGUUAGGAACAAAGAGUUCACGUGCGUAGCCGGCCGCGACCCUACCGACGGACCCAGCUGCACCGUACUACCGCUACGUGGUCUGACAAACGUCUCGGCCACUUCGAGUCCGAGUCCUGAUUCGGCCACUUCGAGUCCGAGUCCUGAUUCCACCACCGUUGACUGUGUGUUGACGGGUUCCGUGGUUAAGGCUGGGGGCGCCGUUGGAGGUUUGCUCAUUCUGCUGCUAGCCAUCGCUGUGGUGAUUACAUGUGUCAAAGUGAAGAAAAGAUCUUCAGGAUCGCAGCGCCAGAUAGCCCAGUCUCAACAAGCUACUCUAGCAGGCCUCGAUAUCUCCUCACAACCAAACACUAGUAGGUACGAAGAUGCCCCAAAAGCCGCAGCUACGCGUGCCGAGUCACUAUACUGUUAUAUUCCUAACGAUCAUAAGAACAGCGGUGCGGCGGCAAGUGACGACCGCUCGACGUACGUGAACAUAAACAUCACUCAAGGCAGAGAGAAGCGAUCUCCCCGAUGGAAACUUGUCGUUCCAGGAGAUCUCGAGUGA